CAGGAUUAUGAGGAGAUUGUAGUCCGAGCUCUGCGCCUUCCCAUUGGCUGGGAAAGCCUCUUAAAAGUACAGAAGUGAUUUCUGCUAGAUCAGCAACCUAUGAUUCUUUAGCGACUUUAAACAUAAGCAGCUGCUGACCCAUAUUCACACUGCAAACACCUUAGAACUUGAGCUUUGCUGUGUCCAGGGACUCUGGAGGGGAUCUAGAAAGAGGACUUGCACAGGAGAUCGGCACAUGACCCCUUUCCCCUCACAUCAGACUUUCAGGAGGGGGCCACGGGGAAGGAUCUUCAACAGCCUAAGUUGGAUGGAGACUUUUCCUGGCUAGAAUAGAGAAAUGUGAGUGAUUCAAAAGCAUCUUCCAGGGGUUUUGUACUGAUGCCUGAAAGGUUACCCCUUGCUCCAUUAAACUGACCCUCAGCAUUCAGAAGGACUGCUUGGAUCUGUCUCCUUGGAAGCAAAAAAGAAAAAGGGAAGUCACAGUUCAGCUCCAGUUUAGACAAUGGGCAGGGCCGAUGCAGAGAAAGGCAACCUGUCUGAAAAAAUGAAGCCCCCUGAUGGAGGCUGGGGCUGGAUUGUGCUGCUGGGUUGCUUCGUCAUUACUGGCUUUUCCUAUGCCUUUCCAAAGGCAGUCAGUGUCUAUUUCAAGGAACUGAUGCAUGACUUCCACGUGGGCUACAGUGACACAGCCUGGAUCUCAUCUAUUAUGCUGGCUAUGCUGUAUGGAACAGGGCCUGCAUGCAGCAUUAUGGUGAACCAGUUCGGAUGCCGGCCUGUGAUGCUUGUGGGGGGGCUCCUGGCUUCCUUGGGAAUGAUUCUGGCCUCCUUUACCACAAACAUUAUUGAGCUGUAUUUGACAGCUGGCAUGCUCACAGGUUUAGGUAUGUCUCUGAACUUCCAGCCUUCUCUGAUCAUGUUAGGCUCCUACUUUGACAAGCGCAGACCUCUGGCCAACGGGCUUGCAGCAGCUGGGAGCCCUGUUUUCCUUUCAGUCCUCUCUCCAUUAGGACAGGUCUUGUUGGAUAAGUUUGGCUGGCGAGGGGGGUUCCUCAUUAUGGGGGGCUUGCUGCUCAACUGCUGCACUUGUGGUGCAGUCAUGAGACCUCUGGAGAUCAGUAUGAAGAAGAGAGAGAAAGUCCAGGACAAAUAUGAAGCAAAAGAAAUGCUCCCAAUGGGAGCAAGGGCAGAGGAGGUCAUCAGCACCACGGAAAGCACCAAGAAGUCAAAGAAAGCCAAGAAGAAAAAGCACAAGAAAAAGAAAAAGUUAUUAGACUUUUCUAUCUUCAAAAACCGGGGGUUCGUCAUUUAUGCCAUUGCCAAGUUCAUCAUGGUAUUGGGUCUCUUUGUGCCCCCCAUAUUGCUAGUCAACUAUGCCAAAGACAUAGGAGUGCCAGACAAUGAAGCUGCUUUUUUGUUGUCCAUAAUUGGUUUCAUAGAUAUUUUCGCCCGCCCAUCCUGUGGCAUGUUUGCUGGACUUAAGUGGGUGCGCCCCCAUGUCACUUACUUGUUCAGCUUCGCUAUGCUGUUCAAUGGCUUGACAGAUAUAUGCAGUGCCAGGGCCAACACGUAUACCUCCCUCAUCAUCUUCUGUGUCUUCUUUGGCAUAUCCUAUGGGAUGGUGGGAGCACUGCAGUUCGAAGUACUCAUGGCCAUCAUCGGAUCACAGAAGUUCUCCAGCGCCAUUGGACUGGUGCUGCUCAUCGAGGCCUUUGCUGUGCUCAUUGGACCUCCUUCUGCAGGACUCUUGGUGGAUGCCCUCAAGAAGUAUGAUGUUAUCUUCUACCUGGCUGGCUCAGAGGUUGUUUUGUCCUCUCUCUUUCUGGCCAUUGUUUCCUACUGCUGCUUGAAUAGGGCAAAAAAGAUGACCUCACAACCAGAGCAUCCUCCUCCAGGUGGAGGUGGCAGUGAAACAGAGGAAGUGGAAUCAGACAUACAGGAAGCAGACGAUCAUCCUCGCAACAAUCACUACUUGUCUCACAGUGAUAACAAUGCUGGGGGUGACACAAUGAAUCACCUGACAGAAAAUAGAAAUGCAGACAGAGAUGGGCGGCCCGAUGCAGAGGGCACAGUAAUGAUACCAGGUGGCUGCCAUGUUGACCAGAUAGUAGAAAGAGACAGUUUUUAGCUACGUGAAGUUCAGCUUCCAAGAAAAACGAUUGUGCCAAUGGGCAGGAGGACCUGGUACGACUUAAAAACAAAUACAUAGGAAAAGAUUUUGUUUGGAUGGUGGGAAGAAAGAGGGGCAUCCCAAGGCUUGCAGGUUUUACACAUACGAAGACAUAAUGGAUUAUCUUAAAAAGCAAACUGUAGUGUUCCCCAAAACUGUCCGUGAAACUUCAUAACACCUUCUGACACUGCAAAAGUUUUCCUCAGGCAUUAUCAAACUUUUAAAUUAGAGGCUAUUAGUAAUCAGACUGCCACUGUUGUGUUGAUUCUCUUAAAUACCUUUUCUAAGCUACCUCUGCAGACCCACAGCCCAGUAAAAGAGGCCCCCUCAUCCUGACCCUGGGAGUGGUGUUGCCUGUUAUGGCAAAUAUACAGGACAUGAUUGUUCUAUACAUAGAAUAUUAGGAGAUAUACCAUAUAUGCAGAUAAUCAAUAGGAUACAUUUUGAAAGAGCAGCAGAGUGCCAAAGUUUCAGUUAAAAAUAGUGCAAAGGAGAAGUCUGCGACUGGACAAAGUUCUGUUGGUACAAGACAGAAAGCUUUAACCCCCAGCUGGUAGCAAUGUUCAUCACAAACACUGAGAGGUAAUUUUUAGGUAAAUUGGGGAUGGGGGAGUUAGGCUGAGACAACAAUUA